CCUUUUGCUAGAUGUGAAUCGGCGAAAUUCAAAUGUAACUAAAAACGGUACGUAUUUAUAGACGUAUGAAAAGGUUUUCAGUCCCUACACCUUCGCUAUUGCAAAUUCUACCCCUUCCCAGUGUCACAUCCUUUUUUAGUUUCUUCUUUAGUCCACAAUCUCGCUAACUAGCCAUAUGGCAGACCCUACUGUAGGUGAGGAACGCCGUGACCACAAGGACGUGGACGCCGGAGCCGCUUUCGUCCUCCAAUCAAAAGGGGAAUGGUGGCACGCGGGUUUUCAUUUAACGACGGCGAUCGUUGGACCCACGAUACUGACGCUGCCGUACGCGUUCAGAGGGUUGGGAUGGGAGCUUGGUAUCUUUUGCUUAACCACCAUGGGAAUCGUUACCUUCUACUCAUACUUGCUCAUGUCUAAAGUGCUUGCUCAAUGCGAGAACGCUGGUCGCCGCCAUAUCCGCUUCCGAGAACUUGCCGCCGAUGUUUUAGGAUCGGGAUGGAUGUUCUAUUUUGUGGUCUUUAUACAAACAGGAAUCAACUGUGGGAUUGGCAUAGGGGCAAUCUUGCUUGCGGGCCAAUGCCUUGAGAUCCUGUACUCAAGUAUCUCACCGCAUGGAUCCCUGAAACUCCACGACUUUAUAGCAAUGGUGACAGUGGUUAUGAUAGUUCUAUCUCAGCUUCCCACUUUCCACUCCCUCAGAUACAUCAACUUGUGUUCGCUCUUUCUCAGCCUCGGUUACACCGCUCUUAUGGUGGGUGCCUGCAUUCAUGCAGGUAUGUCAGCAAACGCCCCUGCAAAGGAUUAUUCCUUAGAACCUAAGAAAUCUUCAAGAGCCUUUAGUGCCUUCACUUCCAUCUCCAUAAUUGCAUCAAUAUUUGGGAAUGGCAUAUUACCCGAGAUACAAGCAACACUAGCGCCUCCUGCUUCUGGAAAGAUGUUGAAGGGUCUUUGCAUGUGCUAUGGUGUCAUAGGGUUGACUUUCUACUCUGCUGCAGUUUCUGGAUAUUGGGCUUUCGGAAACAAGUCAAGUUCAAACAUCUUUAACAGUCUGUUACCAGAUAAUGGAACUUCUUUGGCUCCAACUUGGGUCCUUGCCAUUGCAGUCAUCUUUGUGCUCCUUCAACUCUUUGCCAUUGGCCUGGUUUACUCUCAAGUGGCUUAUGAGAUAAUGGAGAAGAAAUCAGGUGAUGUGAAUCAGGGGAUGUUUUCCAAAAGGAAUCUUGUUCCUAGGAUAAUUCUUCGAUCAAUUUACACAAUAUUAUGUGGUUUUGUGGCAGCCAUGCUUCCAUUUUUUGGGGACAUAAACGGUGUGGUGGGUGCUAUUGGAUUUAUCCCUCUGGAUUUCGUGCUGCCUAUGCUUCUGUACAACAUGACAUACAAGCCUCCAAAGUCAUCAUUUACUUACUUAGUUAACACAACAAUUAUGGUGGUCUUCACUGGUGCUGGAAUAAUGGGUGCAUUCUCUUCUAUAAGGAAAUUGGUUCUUGAUGCCAGGCAAUUUAAGCUUUUUGGCAAUGAAGUUGUUGAUUAGGUGAAUUGUACAUACAAGUUUUGUUAAUUAAGAGUCCUUAUUUUAUGGACCAA